ACUGGGCGCUGUGGUAUGACAGGUCCCAGAGAAAUGCCAAUGGCCUAGGGGCCCUGCGCAAGUGACACUCGGAGGCACCAAUCGACUUUCUUCCUCCCCGUGGCCGGCCUGGCGGGGCGGGGACGCUGCGCGGCGGCGGCUGAGGCGCUCGCCGAGUGGGGCCCUCCGGGCGGCGACGGCGGCUCUCGUAGGCGGUUCCGGUCGUGUAUCAGCGGGCGGCGGCGGCUCAUGGCGGCGACGGAGCUCAGAGGAGCGCUGGGCCCGGGCCCGGCCACCAUGGCGGCCCCGGGCGGCGGCGGCGCCGGUCCCCCCGGGGUGGGAGGUGGAGGCGCCGGCGGCCGCGGAGACUCCGGGCCGGGCUCCGGGCUCGUGCCGGGCGCGGCGGCCGCGGUGGCGGCGGGCGGCCCGGGCCCUGGGGCCGGAGCCGUGGCGGCGGCGGGCCCAGCUCCCGCGCCGCCGGCGGGGGGCUCUGGCGGCUCGGGCGCCGGGGGCUCGGGCUCGGCUCGCGAGGGCUGGCUCUUCAAAUGGACCAAUUACAUCAAAGGCUACCAGCGGCGGUGGUUCGUGCUGAGCAACGGGCUCCUCAGCUACUACAGGUCCAAGGCAGAGAUGCGGCACACCUGCCGAGGCACCAUCAACCUCGCCACGGCCAACAUCACGGUGGAGGACUCCUGCAACUUCAUCAUCUCCAACGGGGGCGCGCAGACCUACCACCUGAAGGCGAGCUCGGAGGUGGAGCGGCAGCGCUGGGUCACGGCCCUGGAGCUGGCCAAGGCCAAGGCGGUGAAGAUGCUGGCUGAGUCAGAUGAGUCAGGAGACGAAGAGUCCGUCUCCCAGACCGACAAGACGGAGCUGCAGAACACGCUGCGGACCCUGUCCAGCAAGGUGGAGGACCUGAGCACCUGCAACGACCUGAUCGCCAAGCACGGCACGGCGCUGCAGCGCUCGCUCAGCGAGCUGGAGGCCCUGCGGCUGCCGGCCGAGAGCAGCGAGAAGAUCAAGCAGGUCAACGAGCGCGCCACGCUCUUCAGGAUCACGUCCAACGCCAUGAUCAACGCCUGCAGAGAUUUCCUCGUGCUGGCCCAGACCCACAGUAAGAAGUGGCAGAAGUCCCUGCAGUACGAGAGGGACCAGCGCAUCCGCCUGGAGGAGACCCUGGAGCAGCUGGCAAAGCAGCACAACCACCUGGAGAGGGCCUUCCGAGGGGCCACGGUGCUGCCCGCAGGCGCGCCCGGCGCCGGCCCCGGCAAAGAUCAGUCCUGCUCUGGCAAAGGAGACCUGAGUGACGAAGAUGACGAGAACGAGUUUUUUGAUGCCCCUGAGAUCAUCACUGUGCCCGAGAACUUGGGCCACAAACGCACCGGCAGCAACAUCAGCGGAGCCAGCAGUGACAUCAGCCUCGAUGAACAGUACAAGCACCAGCUGGAGGAGACCAAGAAGGAGAAGCGGACGCGGAUACCUUACAAGCCGAACUAUAGCCUCAACCUGUGGAGCAUCAUGAAGAACUGCAUCGGCAAAGAGCUCUCCAAGAUCCCCAUGCCGGUGAACUUUAAUGAGCCCUUGUCCAUGCUUCAGCGCCUCACUGAAGACCUGGAGUACCACGAGCUGUUGGACCGGGCCGCCACGUGCGAGAACUCUCUAGAACAGCUCUGUUAUGUUGCAGCUUUCACCGUGUCCUCCUACUCCACCACUGUCUUCCGCACCAGCAAGCCGUUCAACCCACUCCUCGGGGAGACCUUUGAGCUGGACCGGUUAGAGGAGAAUGGCUACCGAUCCCUCUGUGAGCAGGUGAGCCACCAUCCCCCCGCGGCUGCACACCAUGCCGAGUCCAGAAACGGCUGGACGCUGCGGCAGGAGAUCAAGAUCACCAGCAAGUUUCGCGGCAAAUACCUCUCCAUUAUGCCCCUCGGGAGCAUCCACUGUAUUUUCCAUGCGACUGGGCACCACUACACUUGGAAGAAAGUGACCACAACGGUGCACAACAUUAUCGUGGGCAAACUGUGGAUUGACCAGUCUGGUGAAAUUGACAUUGUGAAUCACAAGACGGGAGACAAGUGCAAUCUCAAAUUUGUUCCUUAUAGCUACUUCUCUCGGGACGUAGCAAGAAAGGUGACGGGGGAGGUGACCGAUGCGUCGGGGAGAGUUCACUUCGCUCUUCUGGGCACAUGGGAUGAGAAAAUGGACUGCUUCAAAGUGCAGCCGGUCCCCGGGGAGAACGGGGGUGACGCCCGGCAGCGCGGCCACGACGCGGAGGAGAGCAGAGUGCUACUCUGGAAGCGGAACCCUUUACCGAAGAACGCGGAGAACAUGUACUACUUCUCCGAGCUGGCUCUGACCCUCAACGCCUGGGAGGCCGGCACUGCGCCCACCGACAGCCGGCUGCGGCCCGACCAGAGGCUGAUGGAGAACGGGCGCUGGGACGAGGCGAACGCGGAGAAGCAGCGCCUGGAGGAGAAGCAGCGGCUUGCGAGGAAGAAGCGCGAGGCCGAGGCCGUGAGGGCCACGGAGGACGGCGCGGCCCACGACCCCUACAAGGCGCUGUGGUUCGAGCGCAGGAAGGACCCGGUGACCCGGGAGCUGACGCACAUCUACCGGGGCGGCUACUGGGAGUGCAAGGAGCGGCAGGACUGGGACUCGUGCCCCGACAUCUUCUGAAGGAGCCGCCGAGUAGGAGGAGGAGGAGCCCGUGGACUGCUGCCGGCGCCGCCGCCGAGCUCGUCUGUCUUAACCAAUCACUUCUUGUUCCGAAUCAGUCGCCAGAAGCAGACCCCGUUGGUGGUGAUUGGCUGGUUGCCUUAGCUGACUGACCCUGAAAUCAACAUUCUGAACCCCGCGUGCGUGUCGGGGAGGCGCCCCCCACGUCCCCGGAGUCAGGGAGCCCACUCGCCCCCGCGAGAUGCUGGCCCUCACCCCCCGGAGCAGCCACUCAGCCAGGCCCGCGGAGCACGCUGCUGCGGGGCGCCCGGCGCUGUGCAGCGGGAGCUGAUCUAGAGUUGCCUCAAAAAAGAAACACGCUCAGACUUGGCGAUGGACCGUGGUGAGCGCCCUGGUGGAGCCGAGGUGCGGCCCAGGAGACGCACGGGGCGCCCGCGAGAGGUUUGUCUGCAGGACCGGCACGCGCAGAGGCCAUGCUUGGAAGGAAGUGACUUCGCUCGUUGGCACAGACCGCUGCUGUUCUCCGCCUUCCCUGACGGCCGCCCGGCCUCUCGGGCGGCGCAGAAGGGUCCCCUUGUCCUCACGGGGGGCUUUACGGACUCGCUCAGGCAGAGGGCUUCGGAGAACCCAGAGCACGAGGCCGCGUGGACACGGCUGGCCGCCGCACUCUCCCGCCCCCUCACCCCAUCGUCCCUGCCGCCUUCUCUGUUCUCCUGGCUGCUCUCCCUCUCUUUCUGUCUUUCUGUCUGUCUCCGGGCACAGUACCCGCUCAGGUUUGUGUCCCGAGGGACAAAGCAUUACCUGCCCCGUUCUGACAGACUUCAGAAUCCGAAAGAAGGCGUUUAUCCCCAGUGAGUUUUCACCAUCUCUCAGAGCCCCCGGACUGAAGGCACUGCUGGAGUAAUGUGUUAAUAUCUGUAUAUUAUAUAUGUGUAGAGAAAAGGCCGAA